GGAGCCCAUAAUAACAGGAAAAGAUCUAGCUUAGCCCUUUUGGCAUCAGAAUCAUGGAAUGUCCAGUCUUUUUAAAGUAAAGGGUGGAUACCUUGCACACCAAGUGGCCAAGCUCUGCAGCAAAACUUUACAUUCAAGCUCAAUAUUCUACCUGGAUAUGAAAAAGAUGCAACUUCUUCAACUGUGUGCCUUCUUCCAUGUCACUGUCUGUAGUCAGAUAGAAGAAGUCGCCAUUUCACCUCCUGGGAAUGAGGUAUUUGUGCUAGCAGGUUCAGCCUUCCAGUUCACCUGUGCUUGCGUUGGUAGUUGUAAGACACCACAGUUCAGCUGGACAAGAGCUACUACUGACUCUGAUCGUAUACGAACCAAAAACAGCACUCUCAAAUUUUCCAACGUGAAGAUUGAGGAUGCGGGUCGAUAUACCUGUGAUGCAAAGUGUGAUGGCAGUUCAGAGAAAAAACUCAAAUCUGUCAAGAUGACUGUCUAUGCUUUUAGUCAACCUUUGUUGGUGAUGCCAAGUAUUUUGACGGAAAAUGUGGCUUGUGAUGUAACAUGCAGUGUUGAUGCAUUUGACCACGUUGACAGUGUCCACAUAAGCUGGUAUCUAGGAAGUGAGCUUCUUAAAGAUGAAACUCAGCAGACUUUGGAUGCAGCUAACGUGUCGGACACACUGACUCUUACUGCCCUGAGGGAAUAUACUGGGAAGAGUCUGACCUGUGAAGUGAAAGCAGACAUGAGAAAUAACUCAAAACAGGUUUCUUACUGUCUCGACAUACACUAUGCACCUAAGAUCAACAUCAGUGCUUCCUCAUCUGGGAUGGAAGAGGAGGAAGUGGUGAUGAGCUGUAGAAGUGACGGCAACCCCACCCCUACUAUUGAGUGGGAGAGAAAAGGGGAGCUGUGGCCCAAGAAUCUGCAUCGACACGAACAAGGAAAUGUCACGGGCCGGCUACACCGCAGCAACCAAGGGGUUUACCAGUGUGUGGCCAAGAACGUGGUGUCCGAGGCAAAGGAAGAGAUGAAACUGGAGGUGCAAUACGGACCAGCAAACACAAGUAUCCAGUCCUUCCCACUGCAGGCCAUUUCCUAUGGGGUUCAGCUGAACCUUACCUGCUUGUCAGACAUGUACCCCAAAGCCAAACAGUACAUCUGGACCAGAAUCCCAGAUAUGGCCCUACCCAAGGAGGCCAUGGUUACAAACAGCCAUUUAAUCAUAGAUAACUUCCAAGAGCACCACCAAGGCAUCUAUGAGUGUAGAGUGAUUCACCACAGUGGGAAUACAGAGAGAGCAUUCUAUACCGCCUCUGUUCAAGCGGAGCCCGAGUCUAAGGUGUUCACUCAGAUGGUGGGUGCAGUGGCUGGCAGUCUUGUCAGCGGAAUCACAGGAGGCAUCGUGGCAGGAUUCAUGUUAGCUAAAUGGCUGAAGUGAUGCUACCUUAAAUCACCUCACUGUGUGGGAUCUAAUCCAGAGACAUUCAGAUGGUCUCAACCAGAGUGCCUUAUUAUCAAUUCAUACAGCAGAGUUUAACAGCGAUUAAUGUACAGUACUUUCAGAAAGUAUUCAUACCCCUUAAUGUAUUCCACAUUUUGUUGUGUUACAGCCUGAAUUCAAAAUAGAUUAAAUCGUUUUUUUUAAAGCCGAUUUAAGUCCAAACUCCAACUAGGGCACCCAGGAAUAUUCAAUGUUGUCUUGGUAAGCAACUGCAGUGUAUAUUUGGCCUUGUUUUUAGGUUAUUGUCCUGCUAAAAGGUGAAUUUGACUCCCAGUAUCUGUUGGAAUGCAGACUGAACCGGGUUUUCCUCGAGGGUUUUGCUUGUGCUUAACUCUAUUUAGUUUCUUUUUAACCCCAAAAACUCCCUAGUCCUUGCUGAUUACAAGCAUACCCAUAACAUGAUGCAGCUACCACAAUGCUUGAAAAUAGGAGUGGUACUUAGUGAUGUUUUGUGUUGGAUUUGCCCCAAACAUAACGCUAUGUAUUCAGGACAUGAAGUUAAUUUCUUCACCACAUGUUUUGCAGUUUUACUUUAGCACCUUUUUGCAGACAGGAUGCAUGUUUUGGAAAAUGUUUAUUCUGUACAGACUUCCUGCUUUUCCCUCUGUCAUUUAGGUUAGUAUUUUGGAGUUGUUGAUCCAUCCUUAGUUUUCUCUUAUCACAGCCAUUAAACUCUGAGUUAGGAAGGAAGCCUGUAUCUUUGUAGUGACUGGGUGUAUUGAUACACCAUUGUUGGAUUCGGGAUGAACUCUGAACAUUGAGAUAUUAAAUAAAUGAUCAUAAGCAUUGAUUAUAAGGAGUGAAAGAGACUGGAUUUUAUGUCAGAAGUUAAUUGUUUUCUGUAGAAAGACAUGGCUUUGGAAUGUGUUGUGUGUACGGGAGGAGAUCAUAGGAUUGCUAUAGGGGAGCAGAUGGAUAUCUGUGGAAGGAGGGGUUGAGGUCAGGUCAGAUCCCCUGAAGGGAGUAAUAAGGGUUUAUUACCCUAUUACUCUCUUCCUGUGGAACCAUAAGAUGUAAGGUUUGGAGAGCCGGAGUGUCUAAAGUGGGGUAUAUAUAAUUGUAAUGGUGAGAAAUGUUAUUUUGUCUGAAUACAGCUGUAAUGACCCUUUGGGAAGAAUUAAACUUGGUUAAGCUUC